GCAUCAUGAUCUGGCAAGGUAUCAUUGCUAAAAGCGGCGGCGUGGGGGAAUGGCACUGCCAGGGCACAAAUACUCCGGCUCUGUCCCAGAUCCGAGUUGCAUGGCUGCUAUGCGUGAACCACGCCUUGCGAUCCAUGCAGCAUUCGUAGCAAACACGACAGGGUACCCGUCCAGUUCUCAUUGUCGCGAGCCAGAUACCUCUGGAUUUCAUGCACAGCUCCCGAAGCGUAAUAUCUCUUCAUUAUAAAGACGCCGUUGACGACGAAGCCAGCUAUCAUCCAAUACAAAAUGCUGGCCGACGUUGAUCUCGGCAGUGCCGUCAUCCUUCUGGGCAUCGCGACUGUCUCGUCCGGUCUGUACUACAUGGUCCAGUCCAUUAGGCACGAACAGAGGAUCAGAAGGACUGGAGGCGUCCGAGCACCUCAGAUCACCUCUUAUCCGGGUCAAGCGAUGAUCAACUUGAGAGAGGCUGCGAAAGCCACAAGAGAGAAUCGUCUGAUGGAGAUGUUCAAUGGCUUCUUCGAUCGAGCGAACCCAAAGGGGCCCGAGGCCGUCGAGGUUCAAUUGCUCGGCCGCCAGCGCUACAUUAUCACAAGGGAUCCAGAGCACAUCAAGACCAUCCUGACGUCCAAGUUUUCCGACUUUGGAAAAGGCGAGGAUUUUCACCGGAUCUGGAAGCCCUUUCUCGGAGACAGCAUCUUCACCACCGACGGGCAAAUGUGGCAGCAGAGCCGCAGCCUCAUCCGGCCAAUGUUCAUUACCGAGAAGGUCUCUGAUCUUGACACUUUCGAUCGCUGGGCGCAGCAGCUCAUUACGAAGAUACCCACAAACGGUGCUGUAGUCGACAUUAUGGACUUGUUCUACCGCAUGACUCUUGAUGUGACGACCGACUUCCUUCUUGGUGCCACCACGGAUAGUCUCAACAAUCCGAGAAAUGAGUUUACAGUCGCGUUCAACGAUAUCCAGACUACAAUGACGUUGCUCACAACCAUCGGACCCCUCGAAAGAUUUGUGCCACGAGGCAAGCUCUACCGCGACAUAGCCAAACUCGACGAGUUCGUGAUGCCCUUUAUCCAGCAGGCCCUCAACCUGCCGCAGUCCGAGCUGGACAAGCUCUCCAAGGCCGACAAGGGCUUCACUUUCCUGCACAGCGUGGCCCGGCAGACCCGUGAUCCGCAGGUCCUGCGCGACCAGAUCGUGGCUGUGCUCCUCGCCGGCCGCGACACCACGGCCGCCACCCUGUCGUGGGCGUUUUACGAGCUGAGCAACAAGCCCGCCAUCUGGCGACGCCUCCGGUCCGAGGUCCUCGACGCCGUCGGCCCCGGCGGGACGCCCUCGUACGAGAACCUCAAGAACAUGACGUUCCUCCGGCACACCAUCAGCGAGACGCUCCGGCUCUACCCGGCCGUGCCGUACAACCUCCGCACCGCCCUCCACGACACCACCCUGCCGAGCAGCAGGGACGCGCGCCAGGCCCCGAUCGGCGUCCUGGCCGGCGACAACGUCAUCUACAGCGCGUUUGUCAUGCAGCGCCGCCCGGAGCUGUACCCGCCCGUGUCGGACACGUUUGCCCACCCGGCCGUCUUCUCGCCCGAGCGCUGGGAGCACUGGACCCCGAGCCACUGGCAGUACGUCCCGUUCAACGGCGGCCCCCGGAUCUGCGUGGGCCAGAACUUUGCCCUGACGGAGAUUGCAUUCUGCAUGGUCCGCAUCCUCCAAAAGUACGAGCGUAUCGAGUAUGCAGGCGACAGCGAUUGGGCUGCGCAGCAGCAUGUCGCCGAGAUUGUCGGUCGGCCGAGUGAGGGCGUGCGGAUCCGCAUGUUCGAGUCUGGAGGAGCUGCUGCAUCCCACUACCAAGUCUAAAGUCAAAAAUUCUAGUAAGUGAUAUCUGGACGACCAUUAGAUGCUGCUGCAUGGCUCGAGGAACCUUGAAUGGAGAU